AUGCGUUGGUCUUCGUUUCCCGCCGCGCUCGUCGCGGCGCUCGCCUGGACGACAAAUGCUCAGAGCAAUGGUAACGAGAACAUCAAGAGCGUCUCGUUGCGCACACACACCCUGGUUCAGCCCUACCUUGAUUCUGACAUGGCGAGUCGCUGGUUCGACUUUGGAGGGGAUACAGUGAUCCGCACAGACUCUCACGUCCGCCUCACAUCCGACCGUCCUUCGCAAUCCGGCUGGGUGUUCUCCCGCGUCCCAUUGACGGCGACCAACUGGGAGGUCGAGGUCGAGUUCAAGGUCUCGGGCCGCAACCAAUUGUACGGCGAUGGCUUCGCCAUGUGGGUGACCCGCCAGCGCGGCGUGCAGGGUAAUGUGUUUGGCCAUACGGACAACUUUGAGGGUCUCGGUGUGUUUGUCGACACGUACAAGAACAACCGCCCGGGCGUUGUUUUUCCUUAUGUGAUGGCCAUGUUUGGCGAUGGGCAGACCAGCUACGACAAGAACAAUGACGGCAAGGCGUCCGAGUUCGCGGGCUGCUCGGCGCGCGGCAUCCGCAACGCUAACCAGCCCACGAAGCUGCGCCUGACCUACUUCCAGGAUAAGCAGCUCAAGCUGGAGCUCCAGUACAAGAACGAGAACGACUGGCAGCUGUGCUUCGACGCGGACUCGCCCCCUGCCAUUCCCAACAUUGCGUACCUGGGUUUCAGCGCCGAGACGGGCGAGCUCAGCGACAACCACGACAUCGUCUCUGUGCGCGCCAAGAACCUCUACAACAGCCCUGUUGUGGGUGGCAGCAACAGCAAAUCGACGCCCGGCAACAAGACCAAGUCAACAUCGCGCGCCAAGCAGGGCGGCGGGGGCUGGAUGUGGUUCUUGGCCAAGAUUGUCCUUUUCUGCAUGGUUGUCGGCGGUGCGUACGCUGGAUGGGUGGCGUAUCGUUCGAGGAGCAAGUCGCACCGUUUCUAG